CAAAUAGCUUCGUUACAUUCCCCGGACAAAGUUUUUGCUCUCACAACGAAAUCUUUUCUGUUUUCGUAAAAGAUAAACAGUUUUUUUAUAAUGGAUCUUGGUUUAGAAUUUGAUGAUGAAGAUUUUAAAUCAAAGAAAGAGAAUGAAAAUGAUAAGAAGAAAUCCUACAAUGCAAAAGUUUGUAAUGAAUUUUGGUACAAAACAGAAACACCAGAACCAGAUAAUGCUGGCCAUGUUUACAAAUUCAGGGGAGAUAAUUUAUACCAUCAGAAACAGUACACAGAGGCAAUAGACUCCUACAAAGAAGGACUAGAUAGCUUACCAUUAAAUAGUAAAACAUUAAGACAAGACAUUUCUGAGUGUUUGGCAAGGUGUUAUCUUCAUACAGAGAAAUAUGCUGAAGCUUUGGAUAUAGCUCAACAAUUGGUGUCUGAUGCCAAAUCUCCUGACCAAAUCAUGCAAACAAAUUUACUAUUAAGUCAAAUACAGGUAGAGAUGAAAGAUACUGAAGGAUUAGAAGAAAGUUUGAAGCUCUUGCUUACAAUGCAUCCUUUUACCUACAGUUUAUGGAUAAAAUUAGGUCACUGCUACCAAACUAGGAUUGAACAAAAUAAUCACAGCAGCUUAGAAUAUCUCAGGAUGAAAAGAUUGUCUUGUGUUAUCAGAACCAGGUUGCUACUGAUUAAUAUAUUAAGAAAUUCUAGUUCAUUUUUCAAAGCAAAACUGAUGAAGAUACUGAAUGAGACAGAAAGGCAGCAAGCAGAAUUUGACGUACCUGAACAUAUUAUAUCCACAGCUUCAAAGUACUUGAAAGAAGAUUUAUGUCAAAAUCAGGAGGAGGAGGAGGAGGAAGAGGAUGACAGAGAUGAAAGUCAAACAGGGGAUAUAGAUCAACCGGUUAUGAUUCAGAAAGGGGAUGUUAGUUUUGAUCAAAGAUGGUUUUCCUGGAUACAGAAAGAAGGAUUAACUUAAUAAGUUUAAAAUGCAAAAUAAAGUGAAAAAAAAAUUAUUUUCAUAC